AUGCACACUCACACCAACUUCUACCUGUUCAGCUUAGCGCUUUCGGAUCUAGUGGUCCUUUUUCUUGGUCUUCCCAUGGAACUCUACGGAGUUCUCGACUAUGCCUAUCCGUAUGAGUUUCACGAAUGGAUUUGCAAAGGAAGAGCGUAUCUCAUCGAAUUCACCAGCUACGCCUCAAUACUUGUCAUCUGCUCAUUUACAGUGGAACGAUGGCUAGCCAUAUGCCACCAUUCGAUCUCAAGUCGAUCGCCAAAAAUCUCACGAGCCGGCUGGAGCCUCACUAUCAUCUUUAUGUGGACAGUCUCCGCCAUUUCUGCUUUGCCAAUGGGCUUCAUCGUGAAGAUCAAUCUCCUGCCACUACCAGAUUGGGGUGUAAAUCAACCGUGGACGGACACUGUGUCAGACGAUCACAAUACCGUGAAGGACACGCAGUUCUGCGCGAUGGACGUUGGUCAACCGGAACAGCAGAAACGUCUCAUAUAUUUCGCUUUCAUUGCCUUUUUCAUGGCACCUGCCUUUCUUAUCACUUUAAUGUACUGUCAAAUCGGUGCACGUAUCGCUUCCACGGAUUCCUUACUUUCUGCCGAAAAGAAUCCGACAAGAUCGAAAUCAACGCCUACUGUUAUAAAGAUGCUGAGUAAGUGA